GUGUUUGGUUUCUCUCUCCCUCGUAGGAACUCAGCCCCCGCCUGUCUCCCGCUGUUGCUGCUGCUCUGACUAGCUUGCUGCCUCUUGACUCUUCUUUCUCUCUCUGCUUAGCGCCUUGCCUUCUGAUACCACUCCCAGUAUGGAGACCAAUCAGUCUGCACAGCUGUCGGGGGAGCCGCAGUCAACACCUGUGGGGGACAGUGCAGUACUGCCCAGUCAAAAUGGCCUGGAGAAGCAAGAUGAUCAGGACUCCUCAACCCCACUCCCAGCACCGGAGGAGGAGGCAGGUGUGCAGCCUGAACGGGGAGCCCAUGAUAUCUCUGAAGAAUUGAACCGACAACUGGAAGACAUCAUUAACACGUACGGGUCUGCUGCCGGCACGGCAGGGCAAGAGGGUCCCACCACGGCCAAGGAGCAGCCUGAGAACACAGAACCACCCGACAACGAGGACAGGGGCUGCGAGGAGACCACUGAAGAGACAGAGACAGACCCUCCGGCCUCUGGAGAGCCACCCACAGCCAAAGAGCCUGUCAGCAACAAAGAGCAAAAACUGGAGAAGAAAAUCCUAAAAGGAUUAGGCAAAGAAGCCAAUCUGCUAAUGCAAAAUCUGAACAAGUUGCAAACUCCUGAGGAAAAGCUUGAUUUUUUAUUCAAGAAGUAUGCUGAAUUGCUGGAUGAGCAUCGCACUGAGCAAAGAAAGUUAAAACUCCUCCAGAAGAAACAGGCACAGAUCCAAAAAGAAAAGGACCAGUUACAAGGUGAACACAGCAAAGCUAUCCUUGCACGAAGCAAACUGGAGGGUCUGUGCCGGGAGCUGCAGAGACACAACAAGACACUGAAGGAGGAAACCCUUCAGAGGGCACGUGAGGAAGAAGAGAAAAGGAAGGAGAUCACAAGUCAUUUCCAGAGCACCCUCACAGAUAUCCAGGCCCAGAUCGAGCAGCAGAGUGAGCGAAAUAUGAAGCUCUGUCAGGAGAACACUGAGCUCGCAGAGAAACUGAAAAGCAUCAUUGAUCAGUAUGAGCUCAGGGAGGAGCACCUGGACAAAAUAUUUAAACACAGAGAACUGCAGCAGAAGCUGGUGGAUGCAAAACUCGAGCAGGCGCAAGAAAUGAUGAAGGAAGCAGAGGAGCGACACAAACGUGAAAAGGAAUAUUUGCUGAACCAGGCAGCAGAGUGGAAACUUCAGGCCAAAGUGCUGAAGGAACAAGAGACAGUCCUGCAGGCUCAGCUUACUGUCUACUCUGGAAGGUUUGAAGAGUUUCAGAGCACACUGACAAAAAGCAAUGAGGUGUUUGCCACCUUCAAACAGGAAAUGGAGAAAACCACUAAGAAAAUGAAGAAGCUGGAAAAGGACACAGCCACGUGGAAAGCUCGGUUUGAGAACUGUAACAAAGCACUGCUGGACAUGAUUGAAGAGAAAGCAUUGAGAGCUAAAGAAUAUGAGUGCUUCGUGAUGAAAAUUGGAAGGCUAGAGAACCUCUGUCGAGCUUUACAAGAGGAGAGAAACGAACUCUAUAAAAAAAUUAGAGAAACAAAAAUGCCUGAAAAGGAUGCCCAAGGUCAGCUCACCUCUGACGACGACGAGCCAGAGUCAAAUACCUCUGUGGGUGAAGAGGCAGAGGCGGAGGAAGCCAAGGGUGUUCACAAUGCUGUGCAGAAUCUGGCCGCGGCCUUCAUGGUCAUCCAUCGUCCAGAGUCAACCCUCGAUGCGUCCAAAGAAAUCCAAACAGAAGUCAGCAGUCCUCAAGGGGGCGGCGGCACGGCCCUCAAGGGGCUGGAACAAGCCCCUCUGAGCCCAGCAUGCCAUUCAGGGAGUCCCCUGCAUCCCCCAAGUCCUCAGGCUGAGGCGGAGGGAGGCAACGAGGCAGAACCUCCCCUCAGAUCAGGGUCAGGAGCACAGGCCCAAGGCAAUGGUUCCCCUGCUGGACCACAGGCUGAUCCGCAGCCACGGAAGCCAGAGGCAGCGUUCUCCGGCCAGGCCCCGGAGCCUCCGGCAGAGGCGUUUCUACGGGUGAUGGAGGCCGACGGGCAGCCCCGGAAGCCAGAGGCAGCAUUUUCCAGCCAGGCCCCGGAGCCUCCGGCAGAGGCAUUUCUACGGGUGAUGGAAGCCGACGGGCAGCCCCGGAAGCCAGAGGCAGCGUUCUCCGGCCAGGCCCCGGAGCCUCCGGCAGAGGCGUUUCUACGGGUGAUGGAGGCCGACGGGCAGCCCCGGAAGCCAGAGGCAGCGUUCUCCGGCCAGGCCCCGGAGCCUCCGGCAGAGGCGUUUCUACGGGUGAUGGAGGCCGACGGGCAGCCCCGGAAGCCAGAGGCAGCAGCUUCCGGCCAGGCCCUGGAGCCUCCGGCAGAGGCGUUUCUACGGGUGAUGGAGGCCGACGGGCAGCCCCGGAAGCCAGAGGCAGCGUUCUCCGGCCAGGCCCCGGAGCCUCCGGCAGAGGCGUUUCUACGGGUGAUGGAGGCCGACGGGCAGCCCCGGAAGCCAGAGGCAGCAGCUUCCGGCCAGGCCCUGGAGCCUCCGGCAGAGGCCUUUCUAUGGGUGAUGGAGGCCGACGGUCGUGCCCCGCCGCCGGCAGCGGGAGAGCACGUGCCAGCUGGGGAGUCUAGAUGUGAGCCCAGGAGGCAGCCCCCAGCAGCAGCAGCAGCAGAGGGGCUCCCAGGAGGGGCCUCAGCUGGGCCCCCGCUGCCCGAAGUGGCCGACACCAAUCUGGAAGGAGCCGACUAAGCCUCCUCUGCGUUCUGAGGCUGUUCUUCCCGACUUUCCAUCGUCCUAACAGAUUGUCUCCUGAAAGAGGCAUUAAGGGCUGGGGAUGUCUAAUGGAAGAGACUUAUUUAGAAUCAAGACAUUUUAAAAUGUUAUGUGGAGUACCUUCAGCCUUUGCUAUUUGUUCUCAAUUUAUAACUGAUUUGGAGCUUUUCUAUUUAACACUGAUAGUAUAAUUUUCUCAAAUGGCAACAAAACAUACGAGUAGCAAAUUUAAAUUAAUUUGCCAUUAAGGUGUUACUUAAUUCAGUUUCUUAAUCAACAGUAAGAUUUGGUGUUUAAAGACUCCCAUUACAAUAUAUAAAUACUGAAAAUGUGAUGCUUUAUUUCCAUAGAGUUUAAUAAGUGCCAUAGUAAGUAAUGGAUGACCAGGUUCCAUUUAAACAUUAUAUACAUUGUGUGUGUGUGUGUAUAUGUAUAUGUAUGAAUAUAUACAUAUAUGUGCUUAUGCACUUAUAUACACGUGUAUAUUUUAUACACAUGUAUGCAAAUAUAUAUUACACAUACAUUUCUAUCAUCAUCUCUUUUUGACUUUCUCUCAUGCAGAAUAUUUAGAUGCUUAUCAAAAAAUUUAUCUCUUACUUGCACUUGGGACUACAGUAGACUAAUGCUCUGUGAAUUAGAAAUAGGUUCAGAACACAAAUAUUAGGCUACAUAAUGUUGAGUAAAAAAAUAAGUAACCCAAUGGUAGGUCAAUAAAGUCAACCAAUGGAUUAAAUGACAGAACAGCAUUGGGUUAGAUUGCAAGGCUAUACAGAGCACAUAGACACAAAGAUGGCCAAAAGAGGCCCUAAAAAAUGGGGGAACAAUCACAGCAGUAGACUGCUCACCUCUUGCAGCUGCUUCUCCUACACAACUCGGCCCAUUGCCUUGCAACACCCUCAUGUGGUGAAGCAGCCCACUCACGGCUUCCUGCAAGGAAAGGGUUGGAAGUGGGAAAGAGAGCUGGGGAUGGAGGGAUUGAGGGCCCUCAGGCUGAGAGUCUGUGCUCUGGUACCUCGCCUUUUGAGCUAGAGGUCUGGAGAGAGCAUAUUCACCUGGCCCUGCCAACUCUUCAGUUGCCUCCCUGUUGUCUACCACUCUCUCCAGAGGGUUUCCCCACCACCUCCUGCUGUCACUGCCCUAGUCUAUAUUCUCAAAGCUUCUGCUCCUUCUUUCCAACCCUCUCCUUGGCAGCAGGAAAUUACAUUCAGCCCUCAUCUCAAUUAUGGCUCAGUAAAGGCUAUUAUUUUUCCAAAACAAAUCCACACAGGGUCUAAAUAUGAGUGAUGAGGCUUGCAAACCAACACAUCUUCUGCUUUGAUGAAUUCUGUACAGCCAGAAGUUCAAAGCAAAGGACAAGUGGGUCCCUACUCAAAAUGACUUGAAAAAUAGGUGAGGAUUUAGGAGAUGCAAAAGCUAGAAACACCUGGGGUUGUCUACAUGAGUAUUACAUUAUUAUUGCGUGACAAGGAUCUCUAAUAAUACUGACAGCAUGAAUUUAUCUAGAGUAAAGAGAGACUGCAACAAAGAAAUAGGAGGGAAGAGAGGGAAGUAGAGGAAAGGGAGAGAGAGGGAGGGAGGGAAAAAACAGAUCUAACCCAACCCUACCUUAAAAGUUGAACUCAAGUAGAAAAAUGGUUAAAAGCAAGAUUCUCUACUAUUCAUCCAAGAAAUCAUUUUUCAAUGUUGCAUGUGGCUGUCUGCUAAAGCACACAAAGUGCUUGUAGGCAGAAACAUAUGCUGUAAGAAUUGUAAACUGCAUAAUAUUUGUUUGAAGCAGACAGUGAGGGUAGUAACAAAAUGCUAGUCAGGAAAAAAAAAUCAGGAAAAAAGCAUAUGCUAUUUGAGAACCCAUGUAUUUUUAAAGGCUUAAAAUUUUAUAACCACAGGGUAUCCAGCCAAAUUCAACAUUAACUGAAAAUCUUAGCUAUUUAAACAUUCAUUUAAUUCAGAGCCAAAUAUGCACUACAACAAUCCAGGAGGGUCUCCUUUCCCAUUAUUUACAGAGGCUGAACUUCCAAGAAUGGGGUAAUAUUAGAUAAUCAUAGAAAAGUCUCACUCUGAAUGUUUAGCAAGAGAAACAGGCAGGAGAGGAGCCAAAAUCCAGUAAAUCAAAUAUUCUAAUACCCAAAGUUCAUUUUUUUUUUAAUCCAAAAGCUUUCAUAGCAACACAUUACUCACUAUGGUGUAUAUCUUGGGCAGAUUUUCAGAUACAAUAACUUGCCUGAAAUUUGCAAGGCUUAAUAUAGGCUUUGGGAGAAUUAUUUUAAUAUUCAAAGAACGUUUUUGUUAUAGUCCUUUGGCCUUACUAAUUAUAACAAUAACUCAUAAGACCCAAAAGAGUAACGAAUUCUGUUCUUUAUCAAGGUCAUAUAACUAUUUCUAGAGAUGCUAAGUCUACUUUCCAGAAACACUGAAGUUAUUGGUGUUUUCCAAAUUAAAUAACUGUAAUUUAUGUAUUUAUUAAAAAGGCACUUCUCUUCCCAAA